AUUUAAAUAUAUAAAUAUAAUUAAAAAUGGCAUCUUAUUCAGGAGAAUAAUAAGUAAAAACUGUAAUCAAUACAGAUGAUAUUAAAGAUAUUGUUGCAAUCUUAAACAAUAAAUUUAAUGAGAAUUAUAGUCUGGUAUCGUUUGAUGAACAGAAUUAGUAAUGAUUAUUGAAUAAUAUUUUUAGAUUUGAAUUCUUGGAACUGUUAAAUAAAAUAUUUACUCAUUUAGACUCUAGAUGGACAAUCGAUGUGAAAGUAGAUAAUCAAGAAACUAUUAUCUAUAAAAUAACAGAGUAUUUACGAAUUCUAAAUUACCCAGGUUAAUUUGAUGAUAAAUGGUCUUAAUCAGUCUUAAUCGCUGAUAAGAAAGUUAUUUAUCCAAUUUUUCAUUAUUUAUUAACAAGAUAUCCAGAUUUAGAAAAAAGAGCUUAUCUAGCUAAGUAUUUGGUACCAGUAUUUGUCCCUGAUGAAUUUUAAAUGGAUAAUGAUAUUAAGACUUGUGUAGAUUAGAUAAAAGAUUUAUAAGCUUAAUUCUAAGUGCAUCAUUAAUCACUAGAGUAAGUUUAAUCACAGUCAAUGAAUCCAGAUGAAUUGAAGAAAGAUAUUACUUAAUUUGAAUAAGAGAGAGAAUAAUUAUUAAAUAAGAUUAGUAAUUUUAAGAGCAAAGUUUCUUCUAAGCCAAAUUUUAAUGAAUUACUAGAAGUUACAAAUAUGUUAAGAAGAGAAUAAGAAGAAGAAGCUAGAUUAUAGGAUAAAUUGAGAUAAUAAAGAAUGCAACUUGAUUAAACAGAUUAAAUAUUAUUGUAAGCUUAAUAAAGAUUAAUUGAUGCCUAAAAAUCAUUAGCUCCUGAUAAUUCACCAGAAUAAAUGUUAAUGGCUUUGAGGAAUGAAGUUAAAAGAAAUAGAGAAAUCAGUAAAGAUAGAUUAGGAUUUGAUUUAAAAGAAAGAAGAAAAAAGUUAGAAUAAAUUGAGAGAUUACUUGCAGAACCUCCAAUUACAUUGAAUGAAUUAAAUAAUUUAGAAAAUACUUUAAUGGCUUUAAGAAGAGCUGUUAAUCAAAUGGAGGAUAAAUUAAAAAGAGAAGCAAAACCUGAGGAUGAUAAAUUAACCAUAUAUAAAUAAUAAGCAUAAUUAGUUGCUAAGAAGAAAGAAAGGGCUGUUGAUGAUAUUAAAAAAGUUGAAGAAGAAUAACAAUUGAUUGAAAAAGAAGUCUUUAAGAAAGAAGAAUAAAUUGCAAAAGAAAGAGGACCCAAUUAUAAAACUAAAGGAGAAUUUAAAGAAUAUGCUAAUUAAUUAAAAGAUAAAAAAUUUUAAUAUUAAAAAUUGAAAGAUGAAUUAAAAGGAUUGUAAGCAGAAAGAGCCAUUUUAGAAAGAACUGAGGCGAUAUUAAGGAAAUAAAAAAAUGAAUUACUUAAAUAAUAGCAAGAAUUAGAAAAAACACAUGGAGUUGUUGGUUAUAGUAAAAAAAAAGAGGGCUUAGAAAAAUUAUCAGAAGAAAAUUAAUAAGCUAAUUUAAAAAAGGGACAAACAUUGGAGGAAAUUUCGAAAAUUGUAAAUGAAAUUUAAGCUUAAAUUCAACUCAAACGACCUUUAAUCUAAGAAUAAUUAGCAGAAAUCAAGACCGUUAGAUAAUAAUACUCUGUAAAUAUAUUAAUCUGAUAGUCUUAGGAAUUAGAAUAAGAGCAUAAAUAAAAGAAACAAGAAUUUGAUAGAAUUAUGUUAGGAGUUGAAAGUGAUUAAAGUUCAUUAGUUAAUGAAGUUAAAAAACUCAGAGAGGAAGUAUAUGGGUUAGAUAGGAAAAUUAGACUUAAUAAAUAUAAUUCUGAAAUUUUGGAAAUCAAAAUCUAAAGAUUAAAUGAUGAAGUACAUUUUAUUUAAACUAUUCUAGGGAGAAUAUAGUAAGGGAAGCAAAUAAUUAUCAUCUUAAUCUAAAUCUAAUGCUGAAAUGCUUCAAUAAAGAAUUUUAAAAUUAGAGGAAAAUAUUAAAAAUCUUAAAUAGCAAAGAGAACAAGUGAAAGAAAAUUAUGAACCUUCAUUAAGACAAGUAUUUAUGCAUUUCAAUUUUAGAUGAAUUAUUUUAGUGAUUUAAAGAAGAUCUUGAAUGUUAAGUUUUAAUAAUUAUCUAACGAGCAAGGAUAAAAAUAAUAGAUGAAAGCAGGAGCAAAUAGAUUAGUUAUUGGUUGA